UUUCAAAAUAGACGAGCAAAAUGGAGACGACAAGAAAAAUUGGAAAGUCAAAACGCGUUACGGACAUUGGGUAGUCACGUGACUUCAGAUUAUUCGGGAGCAUCCUCCAAUCUUCCAAGGUCUCAAUCACCGACUCCAGGAAUUUCUCCGUCUCUCGGUACUUGCUCUCCAGCAUCGACCAGUCCAUCUGGUCCAUUGACUCUAGAUCCUUGGAUCACAUCUCCUCUGCUCGGUUCUUCGUUGACAGGAUUGCCAGGAUUCUUAGCUCAUCCUCAUACCGUAUAUCCCAGUUAUCUGACACCCGCCGCUCCCACAUCACUCGCGUUAUCCGGAGGGCUCAAUGGACUUUUGCCCAAUUCUUCGGUUACGACAGCGGCAUUGGAUCCAUCUAGUCCACUAAAUCUUUCGGUAGCCUCCAACGAGAAAUUGGCGGAAGAUCCUCGAAGCUCGAGCAUCGUUGCUUUGAGGAUGAAAGCUAAAGAACAUGUUGAACUGAUUAACAAAGGAUAUGCCCUAGUGUAGAUAUUACCCUAUCCAUUAAAAAAAACAAAAUAGGAAUGUAAAAUUUCUCAUCUCGCGUAUCAUAUGUUUUCGCGGAUCCCCUGGUAGUU